AUGAACUUCCCUCAUGAUUGUAAGUUUUGCGUUUUCUUUGAUAAGUGGACACUGACUGAAACUCCUUUUCUCAUUUGUUGUUUACUUUCAAUGUACAUACAACAAAAACAACAACAUUUCAUGGAUUUCGGCAGUAUUGCCAAUAGCGAACAUUUACGUCAACAUCGACGUAGUUGUAUGGCAUUACCGCCAACACCAUCAUCUUUAUUCAAUGUAAAAGCACCGAUACGUUUAAUCGGUGGAAUGGAUGAUUGGAAUUUGCCUAGUUGUUUUGAUGAUUCGGAAUAA